AUGGUUAAAAAGCAUCAAAUUAGAAUUCCUGGUCAGAUUUUGGAUGAGGUGAAUGAACAUGACUUUGAUGAUACUUCUAGAUUCGAAGGAGGUGGACGGAAAAGAAAAACGCAGUUGGGUCGGAAAGAGAGACGGAAACAGGAACGUGCAGCCAAACGACAACAUAAGAAUGCGAAUCGCAGAGAUAAGGUUAAUUCUGUACGAAAUGUUAUGGCUAAAGACAAAGAUAUUGGUCAGGAGAGUGUUGAAAACGACAACGAAGACGAAGACGACAAGGACGAGAACGACAGCGACAGAGAAGUCUUUGAAGGUUUUAGUGAUAUUAACUCAGAACAAGAGCUCCAGAAUAGUGAUGGAUCUAGCAUUGGCGCCAUUAGCGACAUUGGGGAAGUUGGUGACGAGGAGGAUGAGAUGUCUAUGGAAGAGACGAUGAAGGCGCUCGCUGCCAUGAAAGACAAGAAACAAACAAAACCCUCCAAAGAAGCAGAGCCUAACGCUGAUUACAGUGAUAAGAGUGUUGAGAGUGAGGAAGAGGUGAUGACAGUGGAAGAGACGAUUGCUGCGCUAAAAAAUGUAAAAGACAAAAAGAACCAUAAAGAAAAGACCAAGAAAGCAUCGUCAGAUCCUGUUUUGACACCAUACGAAAGGGCACAAGCUAAGCGAGAAGAAGAGGAAAUGAAUUACUAUGCGAAAAAAUUGGGUCUUAAGGGCAAACAUCAAAAAUUAACUGCAACCGACGAUUUUGACGUUAUUGGUGGUCUUUUAGAAGACUUGCCAUAUUUUCAAAACUAUGGAGAGGAGUCGUCUUUUGGUCCAAACCAAGUGUCUGCUUCGGAAAGCGAAGAAGAUGAUGCUGAUGAGGAUCAUGGGGCAAACCCAUAUUCUGAAGACGACGAACUUUCGUCUGGCGACUUUGACGAGUUUAGCGACAACGAUCUCAAUGAGGAGGAAUGGAAUCAACUGCGAGAGUUGGAAGGGUCAGAUGACGACGAAGAAGAAGAAACAAAUGGCGUGCCGAGAGAGAAAGAAAACCCAUAUGUCGCACCGACUUCCGGAGCCAACGUUUACGUUUCCUUAUCGAUGCGCAAGAAAGAUACCAGUGAUGGAGAAUCUGCGGAAGUUGCGGCAAUCAAAAGGAAGAUAAAAUCAUCUUUGAACAAGUUGUCCGAAACGAACCUAAUUCCUAUUAUCUCUGCGCUUAAUGAUCUUUACGGCCAGCAUCCAAGGCAGUACGUCACCGAGCAAUUGAUCAAGCAAGUCGUCGAAAUCAUAGCAUCGAGGAACAAAUUGCUAGACGGAUUCAUUUUAACCUACGCAGCCACCAUCUUUUCACUUUGGAAAUUGCGAGGAAACGAACUGGGUGCUUCAUUCAUUCAGUACUUCAUUGAGAAGCUCCUUGAACGAUUCCAAAUCCAGGAACGGGCAUUUGAAGCUGCUAGAAAGGCUCGCGAGGAAUCAGAUGUAGAACCAGUCGUUUUCUCGAAAGAGUGCCGUAAUCUCGUGACACUCUUGGCUUAUUGUUACAACCUCGGUUUAAUCUCAAGCGUGCUUGUCUAUGACGUUGUAAGGAUGCUCAUAAAGAAUCCCAAUGAAUUCUCCAUCGAUCUUCUUUUGAGGAUUGUGUCUGUAUCGGGUCAACUGAUACGUGGCGAUGAUCCAGCCGCUUUGAAGGAGAUCAUGACCGAAUUGCUUCAGAAUGUAAGUGGAACAAAGCACUCGUUAAGGAUGGAGUUUUUGCUUGAGACGAUGUCCGAUCUUAAGAAUAACAGACUGAAACCUUCUAUUCAGGCCCUCAGCCAUAACGAUGUCAAGAAGGCGAUUCAGCCCUUAACCAAAUCGAGUUCUGCUUCUUCCACCGAGCCCAUUCAGGUUUCAUUAGAUGACAUCAAGAACGUUGAUUCAAGAGGAAAAUGGUGGCUCGUAGGAGCGUCAUGGAAAGGCAAUAUGAAUUCCGCUUUCGAUAUCAAAACUGGUAAAGAAGAGACGGGAUCAAGACAUAAAAACCGUGGUGACGGCCUUGUCAUAAAUGAUACUUUAUUAGAAGAGCUCCCCGACUGGGAUACAAUUGCAAGGCAGCAUCGAAUGAACACCGAUGUCCGGCGUGCUGUCUUUGUAAGUGUGAUGUCAGCACAAGACUUCAUGGAUGCCUUCACAAUGAUAGAAAAGUUGAACCUAAAAAACAGGCAAAGCGCAGAAAUACCUAAGGUCAUUAUCCAUUGUCUGUCUGCCGAAAGUAGAUCUAGAGGUUUCAAUCCUUAUUACACGCUACUGAGCUCAAAACUUUGUGAGAACAACCAUCACGUAUUGAAGGCUUUCCAAUUCGCAUUUUGGAAUGUUGUGAAGAAGUUAGAGGCCAAGGACGUCUCCGAUAGCGAAACUGACGACAGCGACAAUGAAAUUGAGGAUGAAGACAUGCGAUUGAGAAAAUAUUCAAAUUUGGCCAGAUUAUUUGGAGGACUCUUAGCCGAUUCUACAUUAAAGCUUGAUCUACUGAAGCAUGUGCCCAUUAUGGGUGGUUUGAAUAGUGACGGUUUACUGUUUAUCGAAGUGCUUUUCUUUGAAUACUUCAUGAGUAUAGCUAAAAGAAGCGAAAUCAAGACUGGGAAGGGUGCAGCUAAAAAAGUCACUUUCAAUAAUGAUAUGAUGUACCGAUCCAUAAGCAAUGGAAUUAGGCAAGAGAAUCGGACAGUUAUUCUCAAAGCUUUAAAAUGGUUUUUAAAGGAUAAUCUGCACUACGAAAAAUAUCUUUCUACAGGUAAGUCUGACAAAAUGCAGCAGCGAGAAACGCUGCGUAUUGAAUGGGCCUUGGGAAAUUUUCAACGUCUUUUAAAUGAAGAGCUCGGCGUUACUGAGUACUAA